AUGGAGCGCAGGUGUAAGCAGUCGGGCUCACUAUUGUUUUCCUCCGCAACAGUACCGCUGUCGGUGAUGCUGCUGCUGCUGCUGUUCCUCAUGAACAGUGGCCUCGCGGAGGCCUUCCCGUUCAGCAAAGCCUCCGGCGUCGUGGAGCUGACCCCCGCUACGCUGAAUCAAUUCGUGUCGACACACAAGCCUGUGUACGUCCUCUUUUACGCCCCGUGGUGCGGUCACUGCCGCAAGAUACACCCAGAGUGGGAGAAGUUCGCACAGGCCGUUCAGGGAACGAUUCGCGUGGGUGCGGUAAACGCAGAUGCACACAAGGAGCUUGGUCAGCAGUUUUCCAUUCGCGGGUUCCCUACUAUCAAGUAUUGGAAUGUUGGUGAAAAGCGCCUCAACAAGGCGCUGGAGUAUGAGGGGCCACGACAGGCUUCGUCUCUUCAGGCCAAGGCGAUGAGCCUCAUUACAUCCACAAACGUGAAGAAGAUACUCAACAGCGACGCGUUGCGUGAAGCAGUACAAAACGCACCGGAGAAGAAGGCGGCUGUGCUCUUUUCCUCGAAGUCACACGUUCCUCCAAUUUUCUCUGUUCUGUCGUACUCCCCACGACUAAAGUCGAUGCCGUUUUACUUUGUCGGCAGUCAGGCGAAGGCGGGACUUGCGCUGGAGUUCGGUGUGCAGCAGCUGCCGAGUAUUGUUGUGCUCAAUGCCACGGAUGGAGACAUUCAAAAAGUGGCGUACCCGGAAAAACAGAUUUCCUAUGAGCCUAUUGCGAAGUUCCUACUAGCAUGUGCGACAGACACACUUGACGAAUAUAGAACUGGAAAAGGGAAGGACGAGAGAGUCUCUGAAGCAACAGGAGGGGGUAACAGCAGCAGCAGUGGUAGCAAACUGGCGCUGCCAGUCCGCCCUGUCCGAUUGACUGCCGACGCUUUGGAGAGCUUCUGCUCGCCGAAGAUGCACAAGAACGGUGAAAAAGCACCACUGUGUGUGGUGUCACUCACCUCCGCAUUCAAGCUUGACAGCGUCCAUGAGCUUUUCCGCAAUGAGCCUCUCCUUUUCUUUGAGGCACACGCUGAUCGGGACAUGCUCAUUGCUGCCCUUGAAGAGAAAAUUGGACUUGGAGCUGUGGCAACUGCUCUCAAGGGUGAAAAGCCACACGAUGUGUUGUUGUUACGGGCACCGAAACGUGACACUGUCCGCUACGCUCUCCUCGACGAAGUGAAGACAGCUGAUAGUCUCAAUGCAGUUCUUCAGAAAGUGGUGGCAGGUGAGCUGCCGCUCGCGAAGAAGGUUGUGUCCUGA